AUCUGUCCUUAGCCGAUAUGAAGUUAUUGCUAUCCCUAGCUGGGCUGGGAUUAAUAUCCCUGGCCUUGGGUCAUGGAAAUCCUUGGGAGCAACAGCCUACGCCCCCUGUGAAAAAGGUUCCCGUUCCUAUACCCGUGCCAGUGCCUGUUCCUGUACCAAUCCCGGUUCCGGUUAAACCACAAAGCGGUGGUGGAGGAGGAGGAGGUGGCGGCAGCACUGAUGGUGGCGGAGGAGGGGGAGGCGGCAGCGGUGGGGGUGGCGGCGGCGGCGGUGGUGAAGUUGGAGGCGGUGGAGGAGGUGGUGGCAGCGGCAGUGGCACUUGCCCCCGUCCUUCUCCCGAAACUUUACGGUGCCUCCGGGAAUGGGCCUGUCAGUACGUCAUCCGCCUGGAUCUACGCUGCCUGCUCACUUUAAAUGGUAACCCAUUGCUGGGCAAUCUCAUUUCCAUACCGGGUAUCACCGGCGGUGGCAGUUCCAGUGGCGGUGGUGGCAUCUUGGGUAAUCUGCUGGGCCGCUAAAAUUGGACCCGAAGCUGGCGAAAAUGUGUGCACAUUAAAUCCAAUAAAAAAGGGCUCACACACUGU